AUGGCGGCCUUUCAUUUCCGCUGGGGCAAAGGUGGCAGCUUAAGGCUCUCAGAGAUUGGCUGGAAAUAUCUGGAAUUGGCUGGAAAGGGGAAGAAUCAGAAAGAGAAGAAGCUCACAGAUUCUGCCUGUUGCCUUCUGCCUCACAAGGAAGAUUCCAGUAAGAGUGUCAUCAACUUCUGCCUCAAGAGACUCCGGGAAUUUGGUCUGAGGUACAUAUCCUUGGGUCACAGCAGAGAAGGCCAAGGAAGUAGCAGGAAUCCAGACAUCUCAGAGGUAGAAGCGGCUGCGGGGACAAUCAGUCUUCCCCAGCCCCCUCUUGGGAUCUGCCCCUCUCUCAUGAGUGAGUCCCAGGAAGGGUAUCCCAGCAGCCAAGAAGAGGCUCCAAGCACCUCUUCCCAGGCCCUGCUGGGUGCAGAGUUCUUGCCCAGAAAUGCCAUUGAUGAUAAAGUGGGUGAGCUGGUGGAGUUCCUUUUCCUCAAAUACCGCAAUAAGGAGUUGACCACCAGGGCAGAAAUUCUGAGAACCGUCCUGACAGAUUGCCAGGAGCUCUUUCCUGUCAUCCUCAGCCAGGCCUGUGAGUGCAUGCAGCUGAUCUUUGGCAUUGAUGUGCAGGAAGUAGACCUGCAGGUCCACUCCUAUGUCCUGACCAAUACCCUGGGCCUCACCUACAAUGACACUUUGAGUUCAGAGCAGAAACUCCCCAAUGGUGGCCUUCUGAUUUUUAUCUUGACCAAAAUUUUCAUAGAGGGUAACCGUGCCCCAGAAGAAGGUAUCUGGGAAUCACUGAGUAUGAUGGGAGUACAUCCUGGGAAGGAGCACUUCAUCUUUGGGGAGCCCAGGAAGCUCCUCACCAAAGUGUGGGUGCAGGAACAGUACUUGGAGUACCUGCAGGUGCCUGGCAGCCACCCUGCCUGCUAUGAGUUCCUGUGGGGCCCCAGAGCCUAUGCUGAAACCAGCAAGAUGGAAGUUCUAGAGUUUUUUGCCAGGAUCAGUGAUAGUAACCCCAGAUCCUUCGAAGUGUGGUAUGAGGAGGCUUUGAGAGAGCAGGAAGAGAGAGCGCAUGCUAGACUUUCUACCACAGAUGAUACUCCCGCAAUGGCCUGCACAGAUACUAAUGCCAUGACCAGUGCAGGUUUUAGCGUCUAG